AUGUGUGAGGUUAUUUAUCAUAGUGUGAUCAGACCUGAGACUCUCAACAUGGAUAGAGGAGAGAGAGAAGAGAUGACAAUGGUCAUCUAUGAAAAUUUAGAUUUAGUAAGUAAUGAUGAAAUGAUGAUAAACACAGAGAGGAUGAGUACAGAGAGACAGCGAGCGCUUCAACAUACAGGAAGAGUCUCAGUGAAGAACAGAAGACACAGAUCAGUUCAAGUGUGUUUGUGUUUACUGUCUGUUCUUCUGUUCACUGCUGUAAUAGUCAUCUGUGUCUAUUUCAACAAUGAGAGAAAACAACUAACACACAACUAUAACUUGACUAAAGAAAGAAAACAACUACUAACACAAAACUAUAACUUGACCAACGAAAGAGAAGAAUUACUUACAAAAUACAGUAAGAUACUAAACCAGAACAAAAUCUUGACUGAAGAACGAGACCAGUUCAAAAAGAAGAGUGAUGAACUCAUCGAUGCCUUAACAGAUUCGCACCUCAAAAGCUUUACAUGGAUUUACUACAAGUUCAGUUUUUAUUACAUUUCAUCUGAAUAUAAGAGCUGGAGUGACAGCAGACGAGACUGUGAAGAGAAAGGAGCAGAUCUGCUGAUUAUAAACAACCAGGAGGAAGAAGUGUUUUUGCGUACACAUGCUGGUCUUGGCAUUUGGAUCGGUCUUACAAAAGAACAGGGAGUCUGGAAAUGGGUUGAUGGCACCACACUAUCUGGAUACUGGGCAUAUGGAUAUACCCAAAAUUACGAUUGUGCAGUCAUGACUGCAUCUGGAUGGGGUAAUAAUCUGUGUUAUAAUGUAAAUUAUAAAUGGAUAUGUGAAAGAAGAAUUCUUUAGAUCUGUCAUGAUGUUUAUUUAAAUAAACUAUGUAGAUAUGUUUGUUUAAUAUGGUAAUAAAUUAAUUCUCUAAGAGUUCAUAUUUUAAGUUGUGACCAUAACUGUCAUAUUCAUAACAUUGGAUUUUCCAAUUGUGUAAAUGUAUUCAUAAACUGAAAUUUAACAAAAACACAACAGUAUAAUGAUAUGUGACCAUAUAAUGUUAUUGGUGUCUUAACUAAAUCAAGUUGGGUAAAAAAUAGCCCUUGCAUUUCCUAGUAUGUGUGCGGUGAAGUUGCAGACUGGUUUUUUAUUUGUUGUAUGCCAGCGGAUGUAAAAAUAAAGUGUGAAAAUAACAAGCGGAUAAUAUACCCAGAAAACAUCAAACUAUUUCUAAGAUUCAUGCUGAUUAUAUAUGUUUGUGUAUGUGUUAAGCUUGUGUCACAUGAUUAUAGCAGCUUUGGGAUCAGGGCCUCUGCAGAUUUAAGCUGAUUAUAAACUUAUUAAAUGAAUAUUUAUGAUAUGAUGCCACAGUCACACGGUUGUUCUUGCUUAAGGUAGAUAAAUGUUUUCUGAAUAUAUUCUAUGAUGAACUUUAGAUGUAUUUUUAUGCUUUGUUCCUAUUGUUUUGUACUCUUUUAAAACAUGCAAGUAUUAACUAUACAAAAAUAAUGUUUGUUGUUUACACGUUUUUUACUGAAUCAGAUUAAAUAAAAAUGCUUAACAUGAGAUUUUUUUCUUUUGUACAUUUAUAGCAGCCUGUUUUGCUGUAAUACCACAUUAAACUCUGAAUAUAACCAAUACUGCAGUUUAUCAUGGC